UAAUGGGCCCGCGGAAACUAGUUUGGACUUUGGAGUGAAGAAAGCCAGCUAGCUCUCUUCUUCGCUUUCCUAAAACCCGCCUUCAACCCUUUGUUCUUCUUCCACGGACGCAGUUUUUCGCGUAGUAGAAAAAGCUGCUGCCUUCGAAUCGAAAGCUUUGCCCAGUGAGGGAGAAACAAGUAAACGGCUUAGCAAUGAGCUCACUAGCUUCGAGAUUCUCUAGCUUGUUACGAGUCUCUCGUACAAGCUCCCUCGUUUCUUCUUCAGGAGAUUGUGCUCAGAAAAGCUUGAGGGCGUGGUGCUCGUCGGUAUCGUUUGAUGAUGUUAAUAAUAACAAUGAGGUGAAGGCUGAGGAAAUUGAACCCGAGUUUGACGACUUCAUUGGUGACAAGCUGCCUGAUAUGCAACUCCAAGGUGUAGACCCUGGCAAAGGCUGGGGAUUCCGCGGUGUACAUAAGGCAAUAAUUUGUGGCAAAGUGGGACAAACUCCUGUGCAGAAGAUCUUGAGAAAUGGUCGAAGUGUAACAAUCUUUACUGUUGGAACUGGUGGAAUGUUUGACCAGAGACUGUUAGGAGCCAGAGACCUUCCAAAACCAGCACAAUGGCAUCGAAUCGCUGUGCACAAUGAAGCUCUUGGGGCUUAUGCAGUUCAACAAAUCGCCAAAAACUCUACUGUUUUUGUCGAGGGGGACAUUGAAACUAGAGUUUACAAUGACAGCAUUAGUGGAGAAAUAAAAAACAUACCAGAAAUAUGCGUUCGUCGUGACGGUAGAGUACGUCUCAUAAAAGGAGGGGAAAGCAAGACUAACUUCGAUCUUUCCUUCGAGGAUCUCCGAGAAGGAUUGUUUAACUGAUUGUUCGGUUUCCAUAUCACGGGUGAUAGUCAAACUAACACAAGGAACAAUCACGGAUCUAGCCAGCUUUGAUGUAAGAGAUUGAGUCAAAAUUGGGAUAACUGUUCGAUGUUUGUGGGAACUUUUCAUCAUCAAUCAGUCUCUUCCUCUCUCUCGUCCUCCCUCCGUGCUUAGUUAGCGAAGGGCUUCAGACCUUUGUGAACGAAGAAUUUUAUGUCUAUAAUCAUUUCUCAAAGCUUGAUUAGUAAAUCCAUAUUUGCUGAUAGUGAUGGAGUUUGGUACUUUAUAUUACGUAUCUAUGCAGUGAUUCAAUAGGAUGGCAAUAGUGUCUACACCAGCUGUGAGAUCCUGAUAAUGGUGUAGGUUUAAUUCUACCUUCACUCAGUGUUCUAGAGUAUGCAAGCAAGACCUAAUUUCUAGUAACUUUAACGUCUGCACACGUUCUGGUUUUUCAUUUGACAUUCAAUGAUUUUUUAACAUGAUUUAUUCAUCACCUAUUGCUGUGUGUCCAAUGGAUUGGUUUUACUUGUUCUAGGUGUGAUUGCCAAUACCACCAGCCAGAUUUAGGGUUCUUAUUCUGGAGCCAAGUGGCUAUAUGCAGAUGUUAGAGAUGUGGGGAUUUGUGGUUAAGCUUUCUCGUCGCAUCUUAAAGCUUUUUUUUUUUUUUUU